UUGCCGACUCAUUCAUCAUGCCGGGAGAGCGGCUCGGGGGGGAUCUUGACCGCACUCAUUCACUUCGUUAACGCAAGUUCACAGUCAAGAUCCACGCUGGUACCCCAAACAGUUCGUCAAUUCCCGCAUGUUUUAAGUGCCCGAUAGUGCUUGUGAUUAUCCGCGCUCGGUGAAUAUGUGCUGUUGAAGUGGAUUUUUGAAGGAACUAUUCCAAAUUACCUAUCGCGGAUGGAAAAUGACCCGCCGCAGAAUUUGGAGACGUUUAUAAUGGCUUAAAAUGGGAACAGGUUGGAGAUGGUUAUACCUGAAUGCACUCGGAUUCUCCCUCUUGAUAUCAGGCGCUUUCAUCUUUUGGGUAAUCAUCCCGAAAAAGGUUGUCGAGGAAAUUGCAAAGCAACAAGCACUGGUAAAUGGCUCAGAGGCAUGGGAGCGGUGGGUCAACACUCCACUUCCCCUCGAUUUCAAAGUUUACAUUUUCAAUGUCACGAAUCCAGACCAAGUCACUCUCGGAGAAAAGCCCCGAGUCGAAGAAAUCGGACCAUUCGUUUACAAAGAGUACAAGUACAAAACGGACGUCCGGAAGAAUCCUAAGAGAGACACGAUAUUCUACAGACAGCGGACGCGAUUUGAGUUCGACGAGGCCAGGACGUUGCCGCUCUCGCAAGACGACGUUGUCACUGUGCUCAACCCGGCAUUGAUCGGCCUGGUAGAGACGGUGAGCCGAAUCCCAUACUUGCGGAACAUAUCGAUGCCUCGGCUGGAUCGGGUGAUCCCGGACAUGUACGGGGACCCGAAAUCGGUGUUCAUCACUCUCCCGGUGCGGGCGCUUCUGUUCGAGGGCCUCCUCAUCAAGUGCAACCACUCGGCCUCCGUCUUCAUGGGCGACGUCCUCCUCGUCUGCAGCGGCACCAGGAGCAUGAUGCCCAUGCGAGCCAUCACCGAGACCAAGGAUCAUAACUUCAUCAUCUCACUCUUCGGUUAUAAGAACAACUCGGACGAGGGAGUGAUGGAGGUGCACAGUGGAGUGACACGGCCGGACCUGAUGGGGACUCUGGUGAGCUGGAACGGGCGAGAGAAGACGAGUGCUUGGCCGGAGCCCUGCAACCAAGUCACCGGAGCCGAUAUCACGCUACCGCCUUCUCGCCCAGCUCACCACAAGCAAAUCCUCAUAUUCAGCACUGACGUCUGCAGCGCAGUUGGACUUGAGUACACAGAGGACAUAACGUUUGCGGGGAUCAAGGGUUUCCGCUUCUCGCCGGUGGACUCGUUCAUGGAGGCCGUCGACAGAUACCCGGAGAACAAAUGCCACUGUCCUGGCCCUAUGAAGAAACUCACCAUGCCCCUAGAGUGCAUGGAGAAAGGCGUCCUCGAUAUCUCCAGCUGUCUAGAUGCACCGAUCAUUCUCUCUCGACCACAUUUUUACAAGACCAGCCGUGUUUACUCACGAACCAUCGAGGGUCUCAAGCCGGACCCACAAAAACAUGACACUUAUAUGGACUUAGAACAGUAUACUGGGACUCCAUUGCGAGGGUACAGGCGAUUCCAAAUAAACAUGUUUCUGCGGAAAAACGAGCAUGUUCGUAUCCUUAAUAAAGUUCCGACUGCUCUCGUACCUAUAGUAUGGCUAGAUGAGGGAUGUGAGUUAACUGAAAAGGAGAUCGAUCUUGUGAACUCUCUACUGUACAAUAUACUCAGGAUAAUAGCUGCUGUCAAAUGGCUUUGGAUGACAGUAGGUGUCUUGCUCGUGCUCGCUGGUCCGGCCAUGUUCGUGUAUAAAAGGCUCAAAGAACAAAAUGAGAACGCACAAACAAAAGACGACGCUGAGCUGUCCGAAAAACUGCGGUGUGAAAAAAGCGAAAAUAAAGUGCAGACGACAAAAUAAUCAAACCGCUUGGUAAAACCGCGAUGUCAAUGAUUAAUGAAAAGGAGAAAAAACACAUGCUUCGUUCGUGGCAUUGCAAAAUACCCGUCUUUUUUUGCGGUUUUUGUUUUAUUUAUCGUUUUGUUUGUUUGUUUUUUUUAUUUAUAUUUAUUAUUUAUUUACUCAAUUUCAAGAGAAAUGAAAAUGGACUUCUAAAUUGGAAUUGUAUCUUUUUAGAUGGCCAAGAAAUCUCAAAAUCAUCGAAUCGUUUCAAAAUUCGUAAUAUUUUUCUCAAUAGAAAGCAUUGUUAUCUUCAGAUCAAGAUUAACUGGAAAACUUAUCGUAGUGAAAAGGAUGAGAUAAAGGUGCUUAAGAGGUACACCAUGCUUGAGAUUUUAAUUUAAUUGAAAUACCACGAGUGGUAUAAUAAAAAACGCUCCAACUGGAGCAACCACAAAAAAUUCCAUAUCAUGUGCUACCUAGGUUGAACCCUACAUGCAUUUAUCAUUCCGUAAUCUACCUCAGAAUUCAGAGAAAGAAAUUAAUCAGAAUAGGAAACAAUUUCCUAUACUUCCAGGGAUAAUUUUUUGAAAGUAAUGUUUUGUCAUUAUUUUAGAAUUCUUCAAUCGGUGAAUUUGACUGCAAUUUAGUAAAAUUUAAAUAUAGAGGUCUAAUAUUGUACUUUAAAGGACAUGCUUCCAUUUUAUAUGCCAUAUCUUCCUUGUAGCUUUAUUUGUUAUCGAAAAAGUUACCAACUUGUCAGUAGUAAGGUAAAGUCAAUGCCAAUGCAAUUUUGUUUAUUUUUAUCAUACUCAUUAGAUUGCAUACUUUUUAUACCGUCUGUUUUAUAAUUGUUUUCUAAAAAGCUCAACAAUUUAUUUUUGUAACUUUUAGUACACUGUAAAUAUAUUUAUUGAAAUACCUUUCUUA